AUCGAGUUUGCAGUAUUCAGAAGAAUGUACAAUGGAGACUAGAGGCGGCUAGAGAAGGGUGAUGAGGAUGAAAAUGAGGAGAGCAGCGAUGAAGGAGUACUUGAGAGCAGCAACGAGGAUGGCGAGCGAAAUGGUGAAGAGCUGCCAGAGCACCGAGACGCUGGCCCAGGUGAGCAAUCCGGUCAAUCCGACGGCGACCACGUUGUCGGGAUCUGGGUCCAGCAGCAGACUUACCCAGUUGACGUUGGAUAGGAAAGGGGGUCGCCGUCCGCUACCACCCUCUUCCCCCAAAUCGCCGCCGCCGCCAUUCUUCUUGCUUUUGCUGUUACCAUCGUCGGAGCUAGGGUUUUGCUUAUCCUCCCGCACCUGGUCGAUGUCGUCGUUGUCGCCGUCUCGGUUGGCGGCGGCGCAAGCGAUUGGCCGUGGCCGGUGUAGCGGGGAGUGGGAUUUGAAAAGGGGAGUUGGAGGAGGAGGAGAAGGGAAGUGGUGGCGGCGGCGGUGUGGAGUUGAAGGGAUUGAGAUCGAGGAGAUGAUGCAAUUUGACGGUGGCGAGAGGAAGGCGGAGCGGAACAUUGUUGUUUUCGAUUGAACGAAAGAAAGGAGAAGAAAACAGA